CACAGCUAAGAAAAUACGAAAAGACAGCUCAACACUUUUCCACUUCUAUUCCCCACUGUCUAUAUAACUCUGAUAAAUAAUCUCUGAUCUCUCCAUCUAAUAUCUCUUUCUCAAUUUCGGUUCCACUUUCCUUUCGUUUGCAAAAACCCAUCCCAUCAAAAAUAAACAAGAGGGCCUAAAGAAGAAUCCUAAAGACUUUACGGGUCUUGUUUAGGAUAAAAGAAAUGCCUGCCGGUGGAUUCGUCGUCGGGGAUGGCCAAAAGGCUUAUCCCGGCAAACUCACUCCCUUUGUUCUCUUCACUUGCGUUGUUGCUGCCAUGGGCGGUCUCAUCUUCGGAUACGAUAUCGGAAUCUCCGGUGGUGUGACGUCUAUGCCGUCUUUCCUCAAGCGAUUCUUCCCGUCGGUGUAUCGGAAACAACAAGAGGACGCGUCAACGAACCAGUACUGUCAGUACGAUAGCCCGACGCUAACGAUGUUCACAUCGUCUCUAUAUCUAGCGGCGCUAAUUUCGUCGCUGGUGGCUUCCACCGUGACAAGAAAGUUCGGACGGCGGCUCUCGAUGCUCUUCGGCGGCAUACUCUUCUGCGCCGGAGCUCUCAUCAAUGGUUUCGCCAAACAUGUUUGGAUGCUCAUCGUCGGUCGUAUCUUGCUUGGUUUCGGUAUCGGUUUCGCUAAUCAGGCUGUGCCACUGUACCUCUCUGAGAUGGCUCCAUACAAAUACAGAGGAGCUUUAAACAUUGGUUUCCAGCUCUCAAUUACAAUCGGAAUCCUCGUCGCCGAAGUGCUAAACUACUUCUUCGCCAAGAUCAAAGGCGGUUGGGGAUGGCGGCUCAGUCUCGGAGGCGCGGUGGUUCCUGCCUUGAUCAUAACCAUCGGCUCCCUCGUCCUCCCUGACACUCCCAAUUCAAUGAUCGAGCGUGGCCAACACGAAGAAGCCAAAACCAAGCUCAGACGAAUCCGUGGUGUCGAUGACGUCAGCCAAGAGUUUGACGAUUUGGUCGCCGCUAGUAAAGAGUCGCAGUCGAUAGAGCACCCGUGGAGAAACCUCCUCCGCCGCAAGUACCGACCACAUCUCACAAUGGCCGUUAUGAUUCCGUUCUUUCAACAGCUAACCGGAAUCAAUGUGAUUAUGUUUUACGCUCCGGUUUUGUUCAACACCAUUGGUUUCACGACCGAUGCUUCUCUCAUGUCCGCUGUGGUCACUGGCUCGGUUAACGUGGCCGCUACGCUUGUUUCUAUCUACGGUGUUGACAGAUGGGGACGUCGGUUUCUCUUUCUUGAAGGUGGUACACAAAUGCUUAUAUGCCAGGCUGUGGUUGCAGCUUGCAUAGGGGCCAAGUUUGGGGUAGACGGGACCCCUGGUGAGCUACCAAAGUGGUAUGCUAUAGUGGUUGUAACGUUCAUUUGCAUCUAUGUGGCGGGUUUUGCGUGGUCGUGGGGCCCACUAGGGUGGUUAGUACCGAGUGAAAUCUUCCCGUUGGAGAUAAGGUCGGCGGCGCAGAGUAUCACCGUGUCCGUGAACAUGAUCUUCACGUUCAUUAUCGCGCAAAUCUUCUUGACGAUGCUUUGUCAUUUGAAGUUUGGGUUAUUCCUUGUUUUCGCCUUUUUCGUGGUGGUGAUGUCGAUCUUUGUAUACAUUUUCUUGCCGGAGACGAAAGGGAUUCCGAUAGAGGAGAUGGGUCAAGUGUGGAGGUCACACUGGUAUUGGUCAAGGUUUGUGGAGGAUGGUGAGUAUGGGAAUGCGCUUGAGAUGGGCAAGAACAGUAACCAAGCUGGAACGAAGCAUGUUUGAUUUAUCAUUGUUUUUAAUGAGAGUUUUAAGAAAGAAAGAAAAAAGAUUUGUAAUUUCUAAUGUCGUAAAGGAAAAAGUGUAUUAGCCUAGAUAUUUAUUGGUGUUUAUAUAAUUCAAUACCACAUGAAGAAAUUAUGCAUAUGAUUCUUCGUUAAUUGUCUGUAAUUGUUAUACUCUUUACUUAAACCAAGUGUUUUCUCUUUGAUUCUUCUUUCGCAGCAUUGUACUCCAAUGAACCACCAACAAUAUAACUAAGUACCACCAACAAAAAUAUAUUUAGACAAAAAUCUAAAAAUGCUGAGAUCAACAAAGAAAAUCCGAGAAGAAGCUAAAAAUGCAGAAAAUGUUAAAUUACAAAGGUUCAUCAUUGGUAGAACGAAAAGAAAGACAAAUUAAGCAGAGAAUAAGCUUUGGUAAUAAUAAACAGCAUAUCCGGUUGAAGGGUCAAAGAGUAAAUCAUAAGAUUUGUCAUGGAGAUCAUAUAUCACCCGAUGUCCCCAGCUAUUUCGACCUUGAAGCAAUAGCUUAUUCCCGUCCAUGAUUGCUAUUGGAGCCAAUGGGUAGCUGAAAGAAAAAAACCAAGAGAUAUUUACUGUGAGAUCUAUGGAACACAAUUUCUUCCAUGUCUUGUUGUUGAAAGUUAAACUUGAUUUUGAAUCAAGUUUAAUUAUUGGAUCAAUUAUCCAAUAA